AUGUACGCUGCUCUCGGGAUUGAAAAAGACGACGACGAAGACGAAGACUUUGUUCUGGAUGAGGAGGAUGCGGAAGACAACGGCGACGAAGAGGCGGAGGAUUGCUACCAAGAGGAGGAAGACGAAGAAGAGGUCGAUGAUGCCGAGGAGAGCGAUAGCGAUGAAGAGGAGGGUGACGACGAUGAAGAGGAGGCGAGUGACGAUGAACAGGAGGCAGACGACGACGGAGAAUCCAGCACAGAAGACGAAACAGAAGCGGCCCAAUCUUUCGCGAAAAAGCGUAAGGCGGAGCUGCAGCUUCACGAGUCUGUCGACGCUGAUUCGGCCCCACGUUUAUCCAAGCGGAACAAGCAGUACAUACUGCGGAAGCGAUCAAGUAAGCACCUUGACGAGUUGCGGGAGAUCAACGAGGAGCGCGAAGAAAUUAUCAACCCCGUUCCGCCCUUUACCCCAGCGAUUAUCAAGAGUUGGCGCAAGUUCAACCCACACUUGAAAAUAUACAAGUAG